AUGAAUAGGAAAUUGUCAAAGAAGAAAAAAGCGCCGAAAAUCUCACGCGAAGAACAGUUGCAAAUACUUAAACAAGAAACAAUAACGAAGUGGAAUGCUGAACAAGUGGCAUUGCUGGAGAAAACCCAUACAAACCUCAAAGAGUAUAAUCAAAGGCGAGUUGGGCUGAUAGAUACCAACAAAUUCUUCAGAAGACUUGAGAAAUCCGCAGCCGAAACGAAUCGACGGCUUGCGAAGGAUCAGGCAUGGCAGCACUAUCGUACCUGUAAGAAGCUUCCCAAUCCGGCUUGUCCAGCUGAGCUACGAGAUUUCCUCUACCAAUGGAGCUACGAGCAGGAAGAACGCUUCAAACAAUCCACCAGCUGGACACUGGACGUGAACGAACGAUGUCUACUAACGCAAGAUGAAACUAUUGGUCGGAAUAUGUGGAAGGACCAAUUUGCCAAGAAUAAAAACAUUGAGCAAUUAUAUCUUCCGGGAAUCAGAAAUGCGCUCAAAAUUCUCUUUCUUAUAGAAAAUUCGGCCCGAAAAAGCUUUUCCCAAAGGGACGUUGAUAAAGUGAGGGAUGAAAUACGAGCAAAAAUAACCCAGCAGUUGGAUGAACUAACCUUGCGGGUUGGAGGGAAUAUAUGGCGCGAUAUGACUCCACUGGAUCCUAUUUCGGCCGAGUAUAUGUAUUCAUCGGACAUAAUUGACUUCUGUUUGUGGAGUUUCCAAAACGUUCCAUUGCCACCGGAAUACAAUUACCUGGUAAAGUCAAUUGAAAUGAAAACCUUGCAAGUGAAGUUCUUCAAGCCACCGUCAUUCGAUUUGAAGGAUUGCUCCCUGCGAGGAAUGUGGGCGCAAUUUGAUCACUAUUCCGAUUUGGAUUCAUCGUUCCGUUGUUCCGUUCUGGAAUCCGUUCCGGAUCUAAAUGCUUCGCAGGAAAUCGAGUGGGCCGAUCGGAAUCGACUGAAGAUGCAAAAAUUGCAGGAAUUGAAGUCGGACAGGGAGAAGUAUGAUACGAAUGAGAAGAAGAAGGAACUGGAAAAACUGGAAGCUGUGAAAGCUGCAGGUUCGUCGAAAGUAACUAAAACCCCUGAACCAAGAAAGAAACCUACCAAGAAGAAGAAAGCCAAGAAAGUUGACGAGCCGUUGGAAGCUCCACCUCCGGUUGUAACUGAUGCCACAGUCGUUGAUAUAGACCAACAGUAUAUUCUACAAGAGCAACAACUUUACGAACAGAGAAUGGAACAAAUCGGUCCCCGUUCCUUCAACUUGAGCGAAGAUACUGUAAAUCUGCGACAACACACUCUGACUGGUGGAAUUCUCUCGUUAAACUGCUUCAACAAGCUACCGCAAUCGUCGCAGUUGCGAUGUGAUUUCAUCUAUACUACUCUGCCGACGGAUCUUAAGCUGGAGGAAAAGCAGUUCACCAGUGAUGUCGAUUCAGAACUGAUAAAACUCGAAAUCAAACUUCCGGAGAACUGCUUUUGGUGGCACGAACCAGUGGUCUGCCGAUGGGAAGCUUGGGAAGAAAGCAUCGAAUUUCAGUCUCUAGACAAACAAGUACAAGACUUCCAUCGGAACUACGAAACGAUCAUGGAUGAAAAAUCCAAACAACUUUUCAGCGCUCCAAAACGCCCAAGGAAUUCACUGCGGCCAAUGAUAAUUCGGGAUUUUAAUGUAAACGAAAUUCCAAACGACGUGAAACUUCACUUUCUUAUUGUGGACCAUGUCCUACCGAGACUACCGCACAGGUACAAGACAUAUGCCGAGCUCCAUAAAUUGUUUGUGCAAAUCAACAAGCAAUUCAUUCAAAACGAAAAAUUAAAACUGGAAGAAAUGCUUAACCAGCUACUAUUCCCGAAGUUUCUUGUACUGCAAGCAGCUAACAAUGGCGAUUCUGAGGAAAUGUUUCGACUUCCAAGUCUUGCGGAUAUUCCUGUCGGCAAGGAGAGUAUGACCAGUUUAGAAGGCUCAUUGAUGAACUUAGAAAUUCGUACGCCCAUCGAAUCAAUGCUCCAGGAGAUAGCUUCAAAGCAACAAGCGCCGACCAAUAUAUUUCCACCGUGCAAAAAUAUCCCUCUGCUCGUCAUCACCGAAGACUUGGAGCCGCUGGACCUAGAACUUGACGAUAUGAUCCAGAAAAUUCAAGAAAGUGUUAUUGCUGACGACGAGUUCAGUGCCGAUUCGGUGUACAAGAUGUUUUCAACUUUUCUAAAGCUUCUGGACAGGUUAAGAGAACGAGAGCAGCCACAGUUCCCGGAAGUGAUCGAACCGGAAGAACCUGAACCGGAACCCGAAGUUACUCGGCGAAGAACGGUCUUAAAAGACCCUACCCAUCGUCAUCAGUGGAAUGAGAAAUUCAUCAGUCGAAUGUCGAAAAGAGUAUCAUCAUUCAUGAUGAUAGGAAAGCAGAAACCACCCUCUCGAGGUUCCGCAAUGUUUGGGCAAAGGAAACGGAGGCGCAGAAAGUCAACGGUUCAAAGUACUGCUUCCGAUGUGUCGACGGACGAGGCUCAUAAACCCCCAGAGCCAGAACCAACGGAAUUUAGUCUCUUACCACACGAACCGGGACGAUGGACUACCAAAGUGGUGCGUAGGCAGGAGUUUGAUGCGACUGCAAGGGUCGUUACCGUGUGGAUUGAGAAACUCGGCAUCUUUGGUUUUUCUAUGGAAAAAUAUCACAACUUGCCCUUUAAAGGGUGGGAUAUGAGAAGGACUGGGAAAAUUUCCGAUUUCACAACCACCCUGAAGCUGGAUUGCGUAGGCUUACGUUUGCUCAUAAACAUUACCGAAUCCGGCUAUAGAAUAGAAUUCCAAGAAUCUCCGCAACGCAUCAAACCUCCACCGAACGAAAUGUCCCUCGAAGAAUUGGGGAAAUAUUUAACCAAAAUAAACCUCAUCAUCUUUCCGGAGCCGGAUGCCCCCUUCUACAUCACAAACAUGACCACACCGAAGCACGAGUCGAUGGAAAUUCACAACCUCAAAUGCAUGGCAGCGUUUUGCCUGACACACAACUUCAGUCAUUGCUUCUGGAAUAAGUACGCACCCUUUAGGGAAGCUCUGUUUCUAACUCGUCAAAUGAUUGAAGAUUUUCCAGAGCAACCGUUUGCUACGGUUAUGAUGAGUCCGCUGAAAGCUGCCACAGUAACUGUGGAAGAACUUUGUUCUCCGCUGGAGGAGGUCAAUCUUGCGUAUCACCCAGUGCCUGAAAAUCAACCGUAUAAUCCGGACGUGUACAGCCUCUUGAAGGAUAAAUUGCUAGAACCGUCGCGCAAGUUGUUCCUAAUCACACCGACUAUGCUCCAAUGGAAUGUUAGCCAGCUGCUGUUGAAGCUACGUUUGUUCAGUUUCAGCUGA